CAGCGGGGGUGGAAAAUGGCGUAUUUCGGCGCGUGCUCAGUAGCAACUCACCGGUUCGGGAUCGGUCGGUUCGUCAAGAGGAUCUGUGUCUUUCUCUACAAGGACCACUAUUAUUUCGUUUGCUGUUGCAGGAUCUCCUGGUCGAGAUUCCGUCCGUGUAUCCGUGUGUCCGGACGGGUAGUGAGAGUGCCAUUCAAGCGUUACAAAGGAUAUAGAACUUUAUUCUGGUGGAAAGUUUUGUGCGGAGGAAGAAAAAAAGUUAACCCUGGAAGUGCAUUAGGUGGUGGAAAAAAGAGCAACAUUAUUGUUAGCUGGUUGGUGACAACUCUUCUUCCACUCGGUAGACGGUUCGUUUUACUCGGCGGAAACGCGGAAAAGAACGUCGCGUCUUGGACCGUGCUGGACUUUUUUUUUUGCUUCUGCUCUCGCUCUCAUUUUUUCGCAUUCGAUUUAUUAACGCCCGCGCGAAAGUCGACACGCGCGCGGUGGUGUGUGGUGAAAAAAAAGUGUCCAAUACCUACGCACGGUUUUGCACGAUCCGAACUGCAAGGAAUUCACUUCUUCCUGGUCGUAGCUUACGCGCCGGAGGAAGUGUCACAUAACCCUUACAACACAUCGGAUAUGCCGAUGCCCUCGGCCAAGGAGCAAACGCUGAUGUGGCAACAGAACUCGUACAUGAGUGAUUCCGGCAUCCACUCGGGUGCGGUCACUCAGGUGCCAUCGCUCAGUGGCAAGGAUGAUGAGAUGGAAGAUGAUCCGUUGAUGUUCGACAUGGAUCAGGGAUUUUCGCAGAACUUCACCCAGGAUCAGGUGGACGAUAUGAAUCAACAACUGAGCCAGACACGCUCCCAGCGUGUCCGGGCUGCCAUGUUUCCCGAAACACUCGAGGAAGGCAUCGAGUUUCCGUCAACACAGUUUGAUCCGCAGCAACCAACGGCAGUCCAGCGUCUGUCCGAGCCGUCACAAAUGCUGAAGCAUGCCGUGGUCAAUCUGAUCAACUAUCAGGAUGAUGCUGAUCUUGCCACUCGGGCCAUUCCAGAGUUAAUCAAGCUGUUAAACGAUGAAGAUCAGGUCGUGGUGUCCCGAACUGCUAUGAUGGUACACCAGUUGUCGAAGAAGGAAGCUUCACGUCAUGCCAUUAUGAACAGCCCUCAGAUGGUUGCCGCUUUGGUGCGUGCUUUGUCACAGAGCAAUGAUCUUGAAACCACCAAGGGAGCCGUAGGAACACUGCACAAUUUAUCACACCAUCGCCAAGGUUUGCUUGCAAUCUUCAAAUCCGGUGGAAUUCCGGCUCUCGUGAAACUACUUUCCUCACCGGUUGAAUCCGUUCUGUUUUACGCUAUAACUACGCUGCAUAACCUACUGCUUCAUCAGGACGGUAGCAAAAUGGCGGUUCGUUUGGCCGGUGGUCUACAGAAAAUGGUGGCAUUGUUGCAGCGCAAUAACGUCAAAUUCUUAGCCAUCGUAACAGAUUGCCUGCAAAUUCUUGCUUAUGGAAACCAGGAAAGUAAAUUAAUCAUUCUUGCUUCCACGGGACCGAUCGAAUUGGUCCGUAUCAUGCGUUCGUAUGACUACGAGAAGCUUCUCUGGACAACUUCUCGGGUGUUGAAGGUUCUGUCGGUUUGCUCGAGCAACAAACCAGCCAUCGUCGAAGCUGGCGGUAUGCAAGCACUAGCCAUGCAUUUGGGUAAUCCAUCCCAGCGAUUGGUCCAAAACUGCCUGUGGACGUUGCGUAAUCUUUCGGAUGCUGCUACCAAGGUAGACGGUUUGGAAACACUGCUUUCCGGUUUGGUAACUGUGCUCGGAUCAUCCGACGUAAAUGUUGUAACAUGCGCUGCCGGCAUCCUGUCCAAUCUGACCUGUAACAACCAGCGCAACAAGGUCACCGUUUGCCAGGUGGGUGGUGUCGAAGCUUUGGUUGGUACCAUCAUCAACGCUGGCGAUCGCGAAGAAAUCACCGAACCGGCGGUUUGUGCUCUUCGCCAUCUGACGUCCCGCCAUCCGGAGUCGGAAUCGGCACAAAACAUUGUCCGCAAUGGAUAUGGACUUCCGGUUAUCGUGAAGCUUCUCAAUCCACCAUCACGCUGGCCGUUGAUCAAGGCGGUCAUUGGAUUGAUUCGUAAUUUGGCAUUGUGCCCGCUGAAUGCGGCUCCGUUGCGCGAGAACGGCGCUAUCCAUUUGCUGGUGCGGUUGCUGUUCAAGGCGUUCCAGGAUACCCAGAGACAACGCUCCUCGGUAGCCACCAACGGCUCACAGCCGCCAGGUGCGUAUGCCGAUGGUGUUCGUAUGGAGGAAAUCGUUGAAGGAACGGUUGGCGCCUUGCAUAUUCUCUCGAAGGAGGACCUCAACCGACAGCUCAUCCGCCAGCAGAACGUAAUUCCAAUCUUUGUGCAGCUUCUGUUCUACAACGACAUUGAAAACAUCCAGCGCGUUGCGGCUGGAGUUCUAUGCGAGCUAGCCAUCGAUAAAGAGGUAGCCGAGAUGAUCGAAGCCGAAGGAGCUACCGCACCACUCACCGAACUGCUCAAUUCCGCUAACGAAGGUGUUGCUACAUAUGCGGCCGCCGUCCUGUACAAGAUGAGCGAGGACAAAUCGAUGGACUACAAGAAACGAUUCUCCAGCGAACUGACCACCCUGCCGGUGUUCCGCGACGACAGUAUGUGGAACAACGGGGAGCUUGGGAUGGGACCGGAUCUGCAGGACAUCCUCUCCCCCGAUCAGGCCUAUGAAGGUCUCUAUGGACAAGGUCCUCCUAGCGUGCACAGCUCGCACGGUGGUCGUGCAUUCCAGCAAGGAUAUGAUACACUGCCGAUAGAUUCCAUGCAGGGACUGGAAAUUGGUGGCGGCGGUGGAGGUGGCAACAGCGGAAACAAUGUUCCCGGUGGUCCCUCAUCCGGUCAACCUACAUCACCGUACCCGAUGGACAUGGACGUGGGCGAAAUGGACGCCAGUGAGUUGACGUUCGAUCAUCUGGACGUGAUGCCAUCACCGCCACAGGACAACAAUCAGGUCGCUGCUUGGUACGACACUGAUUUGUAAGAAUGCACCGCAGUGUCGCAAUUCAUAACGUCUAUAUGUAGCUUAAUCUAUACAUAGUGCUUCCAGUGUAUCGACAAUGAUUCACGUUAAAGGGCAGCUUUAACAAGUACUUCGUUCUCUGUUUUAUUAACAUUUUCAGCAAAGGGUUUGACAUUUGUCAACGCGAGACGAAUGAUAAAUUUUAUGUUUAAUUUUUUUUUUUUAUUGACCAUGUGCGCACUGGCUAUGGUCGCAUGUUUUUCCCAUCCCGAAAAUGGAAGCAACAUGCGAUCACUGUCGGUACAGCAUUUCUCAUGACGUGCAGCUCGGUAAUCCUUUACUUACAAAAAAAAAUCAGCUAUAUAGCUCAUAAGUCUUUUCCAAUGAUCUACUUAAAAUUUACUAGUUCAUAAAUUUGGAAGAAAGACCAAGAAGGAUUGCUUCUAAUGGAUGUUUGCUACUGCAUUUUGACACCCAUUCACGAAACACCUGGAUCAAUAAAAUACGAAUGAUUCAAACGAACAGGAUUCGAGAUGAUUAUUGUUUCAAAGAAUAGAACAAAAACAUAAACCGCAUUAUAAAUCAUAAACAAAAACAUAGUAUAAAUGUUAUGCAAUCACACAGUAAGAAUUUUCGAAUCACUUAACAAAAUGGACGGACUCUACGUAGUAGCGUCAAUAUUUGAAUUACGUAAUCGGUUAAUUGGUAGAAAAUCAUCAAUAACUAUUAUGAAAAACCCUAUUAAUCGAAGUUCAGACGUUAUCCGCCGAACUGAAGCAUUUUUUCUUUGCUCGAUUAAUUCGGUGAACUGACGACAUUUGAAGAACAAACGAAGACUGUCUGACUCCUUUGACAGACACUGUUUCAUUAGCGAUCAGUUCUCGAUCCAUUUUUUUUCGAAAGGAAAUGUUUUAGUAUUCUCUAUUUUAACGAAUGGAGUUAUCCAUAAGAUCCUUUUUUUAUAACAUCUAAUUUACAUACGAUUAAGAUUCGAUACAAACUGAAUGAAACCAGAAUGUUUCUCUAUUAUUUAACGAAAAAUAUACAAUGCCUAUUACAAUUUGGAAUAUGAUUAUUUGAUUAUUAAAAUUAUAUAUUAUAUAUUACAUGAAGCAAACAAAACCUUCCUUUCAGUAUAUAAGAAAACGUAAGGAGAAAAAUAUAUUAAAAAGUAUAAAAUCGA